AUGCUAGGUGACGGGAAGCAUGUUGAAAACGCUUCAUUUGAGUCCGAGGGAGUUGAUCUGAUUGCUCUCUCUGCUCAGUCUAUUGCUCGAGUGGGAAAGCAUUCUGCUUGGGCCGGAAGCAGAAAGACAAUCGGGUUCCAUGACAGUUACUUGGACGCUCAUGUCUCUUUAGCUUUGACAGCAGGUGUUGCAAGAGUGGAAGUAGGAGGGAGCGCUGAAGAGACUUCAUGGUGGUUGAGAUCCUUCCGGCGCUGGUUUGGUUCGAGGGAUCAGUUCGUCUCGGUCCCGGUGGACUCAGAAACUCUGGAGCAGAUCCUCCAGCAAGCUUGCUCCGAUGACAAGGCCCGACCUUGCAAGACCUGUGAGCCUCCCUCGCAUACAGCACUCAACCCCUCGGAGCAAGAGAGAAACCCCAGCGAGUCCCAUGAUGUCAGCUUGGAUCUCGAUACCUUGGAUCGUCUCGACGACUUCUUGUAUCAUGACUCUCAGAGCGAGAUGGAUGUCAAAGCUCUGGGUGGCUUCAUGCGCAUUGUAGCUUUCGGAAACGGCGUGGGCAAGACUACGGCAUAUGAGGAGCACCUGAAUUCAAGCUUUCUUGGCAGGUGUGGAUCCUUGGUUCGUAACAACGCAUGCUUGAAUUUGCAUGACCUGGGCAAACGCACCAUGAUGAUCUCAAGUAUUUCCGCGCUUGUUUAA